UUGAAAAUGCAUAUUCGUAAACCAUGCCCGACGAAAUUUUUUCCUUUUAAAAGAAAGCUACUGUGCGACUCUCCCUCAUAAAUGAAAGAGAGCCACAAACUCAAUGUUCUUUGAAAUUAUUGGUCUGUUGAGAUUGAACAAAAUAAGUUAAAAUGACUCUUGAGCCUUUCAAGGUUUUUGUUUUGUCCUUGUGUUCUCUUUUGUUCACCUGAGGCCUUGAUUUCUCAGUUUGUUAUCAAGUAUUUCAUCUGAAGGAAACCUCUUGAUUCAAUAUUAUUGUCAGUCUCUAGAUCUUUUGUUACUGUAGAGGGUGUGUGUGUGUGUGUGUGUGUGUGUGAGAGAGAGAGAGAGAGAAGGGAUGGCAUUAGAAACUGUUGUAUUCCAACAAGAUCCCUAUAGUACUUUAGGACUAGGUGCAACAUGGAUCCAUGGCUUUGACCUUGAAGGAGAAAAGGCUAAUUACCAUGAAACCCUAGACACAACAAUCAGCAUUGAAUCUGAUUUCCAUUCAAAUAGUAACUGGAACAUCAAUAACUCUUCCUCCCAAGAGAUCAACUGUGCCUGUAAUGGCGGGCUUCUCAACGGAGGUAAUGCUGCUGGGGGCCGGCGAAAGAGAAGGCGCCGUCGAAGCAUCAAAGAUGAGGCAGAAGUUGCACAUCAAAGGAUGACUCACAUUAAUGUUGAACGCAAUCGGAGGAAGCAAAUGAAUGAAUAUCUUGCUGUUAUUCGAUCCAUGUUGCCUCCCUCUUAUGUUCAAAGGGCAGAUCAAGCAUCAAUCGUAGGGGGAGCCAUUAACUUUGUGAAGGAGCUAGAGAAACUUCUCCAAUCUCUUGAAGCCCAUAAGCAAAUCAAGAAAGUAAUAUCUGCUACGGGCUCCGAUUUCUCUUCUCCUUUUUCGGAUUUUUUCACCUUCCCUCAGUAUUCAACUGCGAGCUCGAGGAAUAAACAUAGCAACAACAACUCAUCAUCAAGUACCGAAUCAAUAUUUGCUGAUCAGAAGCGAUCAAUAGCCAUUGCGGAUGUUGAAGUAACAAUGACAGAAAGCCAUGCAAACCUCAAAAUACAAUCUAGAAAACACCCAAAACAGCUCUUGAAGAUGGUUACUGGAUUGCAUUCUCUUGGCCUUCAUAUUCUUCAUCUAAAUGUCACAACUGUUGAUCAGAUGGCGCUCUAUUCUUUUAGUGUUAAGGUUGAAGAUGAGUGUAAAUUGACUUCAGUUGAUGAGAUUGCAGCAGCUGUGCAUGAGAUGAUAUAAUCGACUGAUCUCAGACUCCAGUUCCGCCUGCCAUAUAUCGGACAAACGUUGGAGAUUCUUAGAUUUGGAGAACAGUAUAGAUGUGUGAAUGAAGGAGGGACCAAUUUCUAUCUCUGUCGAGGAGACAUUAGUUCAGUAAUAAAGGACUGAGAAUGGAUAUGAUCUAAAUUACGUUGUCCGCAUCUCUUCGUAGUUCAAACUUGAAAUCAUUACACAGCAGCUAGGAUUGUUUCUGAUAUAGGCAUAUUUGUCAUCAUAUUGCUGCAGUGAUGUUGUUUCUCGGUCUUUUGCCAGGGAUGGACCCUUCCCGACCUGCUUAAUUUGUACUCUCCCUCUAUUUUUCCUCUUUUAACUAUUGGUACCGA